AUGGCUCGAACCAAAGAGUCAGCACGCAAAAAUGCCUCUCCCUGUACACCACCCUCUUCAUCUUCUUCAUACCAAUCCAUAGAGCGUUCACCCUCUCCACCACCUCGCCCAACACCACCACACACCUCUUCUGCCUCUCCCUCUUCUAAAACUAGUCAAGAAGUUCUCAACCUUAUUCCUAUGUCUACCUUUCUUCCACCACUAUACACUCGCCCUACACCAAACUUCGCUCAAGUGCCUCCUCAUCUACGCAUUAGAAUCACUCCUCCACGAUGCUCCAUGCGAGUCCAAUUUGGAAUUGGUACUUCGAAAUCAAAGAACCCUAAACCACAUUAUUUCAUCAUUUCAGACUCUAAGAGUGAUGACUCUUCUGAUUCGUGCCCCCCAGUAGCAAAAUCACCAACACAACCUGAACCACAAAUAAAAACGACGCCUACAGCAACAACACCACCACCACAAAAUCCAUCAACAACUACUAAACCUUCGACACCCUUAAAAUCUGCCUUCUCCUCUGAACCGUCGCACUCAACUCCUCCCCAUCAAAAACGGAGAUCGAUCAAUGACAUCGUUUCCCCUCCUACAAAUCAAAAAGAACCUCUCUCUCAACCAAAACCACAAACUAAAAACAUGAAAACAAAAAACACAAUGACUAUUGCUCAAUUUCUUGCUCAUGGCAAUGUUGUUCAGCACCAUACUGAUGUUCUUGGCUGGACAUCAUUCUUAAAGAUCUCUGAAUCUUAUUUCCCAGAUGUUGUCCGCGCAUUCUACUGCAAUGCCAAAACAUUUGCUGACAAAUAUCUAUUUAUCUCAACAAUUAAGGGAGUAGAAAUCAAAUUGACUCUAGACAUUUUGGCCACCAUUCUUCAACUACCAACAGAAGGGCCAUCUGUUUUUGGUGACCAAUGGUAUUCGGCUUUGGGUCUUGGAAAGACAGAAGUUUUGGCCGAUUUGUUUGAAGAAGACUCCACACGUUUUUUGGCCACUUAUCUAAAGCCUUUUCCCAAGGUAUUCAACAACAUGUGCCAACAUACCUUGAUUCCACACUGUGGAAGUCAUGAGUAUGUAUCUGAUAAUGACGCCUUGCUCAUUCAUCAUCUUUUAAACUGCAAGCGAUUGAAUCUACCCUAUGUCAUUCUCCAGCACAUGAUCUGUGCAGCCAAAAAAGAUUACAAAAAGAAUAUUGUGCCUUAUGGCUUGGUCCUGACUAAAAUCUUCAGGCAUUUUGGAGUCUCUCUUGGAUCUGAAACAUCUAUGAUAAAAAUCUCCAAAUUCUCCACCAAGAAUCUGUCUCACAUGCGUAAAACUUCUUCUGCUCCCACACCCACUCCUCCAUCUUGUCCCACUUCUCUAAAAAGGAAAUGA